UUGUGAUAAUGAAAUUACAGCAUUUGAAGAAAACAAAUUAUAUUGUAUUUUUGCUGUAUAUUUUGAUUUUGUGUUUGAAAGAAAUCCGAGCAGAGCAAAAAUUGCCGCUGGUAAUAAAUACAUGGGCAUUCGAGGAAGCUAAUAUAGCUGCUUGGGAGGCGCUACAAAAUACAGGCAGAUCAAUUGAUGCGGUAAUUGCUGGUUGUGGAAAAUGUGAAGAAUUACAAUGUGAUGGCACUGUUGGUUAUGGAGGCUCUCCAGAUGAGAAUGGUGAGACGACGCUUGAUGCAAUGCUAAUGGAUGGCGAAACAAUGAAUAUAGGUGCUGUAGCUGGUUUACGUCAAAUAAAAAAUGCUAUUGGUGUGGCAAGAAACGUCUUGGAAAAUACUCGUCACACUUUACUUGUCGGUGAUUCAGCUAGCAAUUUUGCUGAAAUGAUGGGUUUUCAACGUGAAUCUUUGACAACACCAAACUCUAGAGCUAUUUGGGAGGAAUGGCGUAAGUCUAAAUGUCAACCGAAUUUUUGGCAAAAUGUGCGACCAAAUCCCAGUAAACAAUGUGGUCCAUAUAAACCGCUACCUCUGAUAUUGGGAAAUUUACAUGAUAGCCAGCGUUAUGAUUUGGAAUUUGGACCUUGGAAUCAUGAUACGAUUGGUAUGAUUGCCAUAAAUACUGAAGGCUCUAUAUAUGCUGGUACUUCCACAAAUGGUGCACGACAUAAAAUACCUGGUCGUGUAGGAGAUUCUCCUAUACCAGGUGCUGGUGCCUACGCUGAUAAUGAAGUAGGUGCUGCUGUUGCUACUGGCGACGGUGAUGUGAUGAUGCGUUUUUUACCCGCAUUAAUAGCUGUGGAGGGGCUUCGUAUGGGUCGUAGUCCAGCUGAAGCGGCACAAAAUGCAAUUAAUCGUAUAGUACGUUACUAUCCAGAAUUUAGUGGUGCAUUAGUAGUUACUGAUCGUUAUGGAAAUUAUUCUGCCGCAUGUAUGGGUAUGGAAAAGUUUCCCUUUUCAAUUGCAAAUGGGGCACGAAAUACUAGAGUGGAGUAUAAAAUAUGUGCUGAAGAAACAAUAUAUAGGAAGCAUGAAUUAAAGUGAGAAUAAUUAAGUUUUGAGUUAUUACUGUUUAUAAUUUAAUAAAAUAAAUUUAAUUUUACU